UUAUUUAUACAGGCGGAGUCAAAAACAUAAUCGAUAUUUCUGGUUGUCCUUUUCAACCAGUCCCCCGCAGUACACCACUGCCUCAUCUUUGAUCUCUCCUACUUUCCCUUAGAUCAUUUCUCUGAGAUUACAGAGUAAAAAUAAAAGAAAAGAGCCAGAUCUGUUCCAGUACUAAUCAAUUCCCAGUAGUGAUUAAUUUGGAAAAAAAAAAUCCAUGGAAGCAGAGAGGAAGGUUGGGGUGGCUGUAGAUUUCUCGGCAUGCAGCAAGAAAGCACUUCAAUGGGCGGUGGAUAACGUUGCCCGGAAAGGAGAUCAUCUAGUCCUUGUUAACGUACAGCCUGAAGGCUAUUAUGAAUCAGGAGAGAUGCAACUUUGGGAGACCACUGGUUCUCCCUUGAUCCCUUUAGUGGAAUUCUCUGACCCCCAUGUCAUGAAGAAGUAUGGGGUUCACCCUGACGCAGAAACAUUGGAGAUUGUUACUUGUGCUGCUAGGGAGAAGGAGAUUGUGGUGCUCCUGAAAAUUUACUGGGGAGAUGCUCGGGAGAAGCUAUGUGAAUCCAUUGACAAAAUACCCCUGGACUGCAUUGUUAUUGGGAACAGAGGCCUUGGCAAGCUCAAGAGGGCUAUCAUGGGCAGCGUUAGCAACUACGUGGUAAAUAAUGCUUCUUGCCCUGUGACAGUUGUGAAGAAUGUUGAACAUGAUUGAUCUUACCUCACAUUUUCCUGUGGAACUGGGAGUUAACUGCUUAAGUAGACUCCGGCCCUUUUCGUGGUCUAUAUCCACAUUGUACCAAUAAUCCUGCUUUUUUAAUCUGAUGUUGUAUCUGGAUUCUAAGCAUGUAAAUCAAUUAUGGAGCUUUGAGGUCUUGUUAUUGUCUGAGCCGGUGAUGAUGUAGUAAUAAAUCUUUGGAACUUAUGUUGGUAUUCUAAAGUUGCGAUGGAUUCUCAAUGAAGUGCUGGUUUACUCUUUGAUAGACAUUUAAAUCA